UAAUAAUUAUGAGUUCAGAAGAUGACAAAGAUCAAAAAUUGCUUGAAUUACAGAAAAUAGGAAGAAACUUAGAAUUAUAAAACUACCAAUUAAGAUAAGAAUUAAAGUAGUUGAGGUCUGAUCUAAAAUUUAAUUGUAUUUAGAUUAUUAUAUCUAAAGUUCAUAAAGUAGAUAUGAAUGAGAAAAAAUAAGUUAAAUAUGUAUUAACACAUUCUCAAAUUCAUAUAGAGAAAAGGGAAGCAGAAAUUAAUUUUUUAGAAAAUCCAAAAAGAUUAAUACUUUAAGGGAUAGGAUAUUGUUAUGUAAAAUAAAACACAUCAGAAUGUUACACUUUCUCAUAUACUAUAUUACUUACUGAUGAAUUGAAAUAAGACCCAAAAAUUAUAGCUACAGAUACAAAAAUUGAAAUUAUUUUCGAUAAGAACUAGGAUAAUAGUUUGAGAUGA